CCCCCCGCGCGGUGCCGCGGUGGGUGCGCCCGGAGCCGCCCGCAGGCCGGGGCGGAACGUGCGGCGGGCGGGCAGCGAUGGCGGCGGCCGAGGUGGCGCGGCAGGGUGAAGGCUGUCGCACUGUCCCGCUCUCUGGACACGUGGGAUUUGAUAGUUUGCCUGACCAGCUGGUUAAUAAGUCAGUUAAUCAUGGGUUUUGUUUCAACAUCCUGUGUGUGGGGGAAACUGGCCUUGGUAAGUCCACCCUCAUGGACACCCUUUUCAACACCAAGUUUGAAGGUGAUCCAGCAUCUCACUCACAGCCUGGGGUCCAGCUGAAAUCCAGUACCUAUGACCUGCAGGAGAGCAAUGUCAACCUCAAGCUGACUAUUGUGAGCACAGUGGGCUUUGGGGAUCAGAUCAACAAAGAGGACAGCUAUAAGCCCAUCGUUGAGUUCAUUGAUGCUCAGUUUGAAGCCUACUUGCAAGAAGAGCUGAAGAUCAGAAGGGUUUUGCACAACUACCAUGACACCCGGAUCCAUGCCUGCCUGUACUUCAUCGCUCCCACCGGCCAUUCCCUGAAAUCCCUGGACUUGGUAACCAUGAAGAAGCUCGACAGCAAGGUGAACAUCAUUCCCAUCAUUGCCAAAUCUGAUGCCAUUUCCAAGAGUGAGCUGACCAAGUUUAAAAUUAAAAUCACAAGUGAACUGGUCAGUAAUGGGGUGCAGAUCUACCAGUUCCCAACAGAUGAUGAAUCAGUGGCAGAGAUAAAUGGGACAAUGAAUGCCCACUUGCCAUUUGCUGUGAUUGGGAGUACGGAGGAGCUGAAAAUAGGAAACAAAAUGAUGAAAGCUCGUCAGUACCCUUGGGGCACAGUGCAGGUGGAGAACGAAGCUCACUGCGACUUCGUGAAGCUGCGGGAGAUGCUGAUCCGCGUGAACAUGGAAGACCUUCGUGAGCAGACCCACACACGCCACUACGAGCUCUACAGGAGAUGUAAACUGGAAGAGAUGGGCUUCAAGGACACUGAUCCAGACAGCAAACCCUUCAGCUUACAAGAAACUUACGAAGCCAAAAGAAAUGAGUUUCUGGGAGAACUGCAGAAAAAGGAAGAGGCAAUGAGACAGAUGUUUGUCCAGAGGGUCAAGGAAAAGGAAGCUGAGUUGAAGGAGGCUGAAAAAGAGCUGCAUGAAAAGUUUGAUCGCCUGAAGAAGUUGCACCAGGAUGAAAAGAAGAAGCUGGAGGAUAAGAAGAAGUCUCUGGAUGAUGAAGUAAAUGCAUUUAAACAAAGGAAGACAGCAGCUGAAUUGCUUCAGUCACAGGCUCAGCAGGCUGGAGGAUCACAAACUCUUAAAAGGGAUAAGGAAAGGAAAAAGCCUCACAUGUGUGCUGUUUUACAGUUAGCUGCUGUUUGGCUGCAUGGUGCAUGAGGCACAUUGUCCUGGUAAGCGUCAUUAACUCAUAGAGCCUCACAGUGGGAUCACUGACCUUUCCUAAAAGAGCAGACUGUGUGCAAGUCCUGAAGCUUAUAAGUAUUAUCUCUGUCUUCCCCUGCUUUCACCCCACUAUAUGUGCUCUACCAGUCACUCUCUACAUGUGCAGUUGUAGAAAAAGUAUGUGAUUAUCUUUAAAGAUUCUGCAAAGUUUAAUUCAGAGACUCAGGAUAUGGAACAUAGGAAAUUAAGGAUCACGUCUUCUUCCUUUUAAGUCUUCCUAGCACUUCAUUGGCUCUGUUCUCUUUAUUCCAUCUCCCUUAAAAAUAAAUUAUAUUCUUUAAUCACACAGGCCACGUUGAUACUAUGGCAACAAUUGCUAUGGAGAUGUGGUGCUGAUGAUACAGCCCAGCUAGCCAUGAAAAUGUCCUUCUCUUUCCUUGCUCCUCCUUCCCUCCCACUCCUCCAAGCUGUAAUGUUAACUUGUGGUUACAGUGAAGGUAGAUGCAAGACUAGUUUCUGUCAUCCUCAUUAAGGUUAUUAGUUAAACUGCUAAUGACAGUGGUCUACUUACAGCUAGCUUGAGUGGGUUUAAUUGAGCAUUUUUAAUUUGCUGAUGAUUCUGUGGUGAGAGGAAGAGGAAACCUCCCACAAGAAUGUCUUGCUUCUUGACAGAGCACCCAUACUCAUUAUCCAAGACAGUGCCCCAGGGGCUGAGAGCACAGGCCUCUCAGAGAAGGGACCCUGUUGGAAAUAAACUAUAAAAGUCCACCUUGAGUCCACCCUUCCCUGCAGACAAAGCUAAGGCUUACAUUCUCUCCUGGAUAGUCCAAACUAAAUUACAGUCUACCCUUAAACUGGUAGAAGCUGAUUCCAGGAUUCCUUCCCUCUUAACUCCACCAAGGGAAAUGGAAAAGCAAGCAAACAUUAUGCUGCCAGUGAGAGGCAUUUGAAUGCAAUUUAAAUGGGACCUUCCACUUAACAGAAGAGCCUCAGAAGGGUCUUGCACUGCCUCGAACUGGCGCUUGCCGUUGUCUUCAGCUGUCCAGUUGAGUGAAUGUCUCUGCUGCCAACGGUAACUGUAGAACAAUGGAAAGAACAAUUCUCUGCUUAUCAGGCUCUGAAUGUGGAAAAAUAAGCUCAAAGAAUAACAGUGUUCAUUCUGAGUACGAAGGCAUAGCUAAAGUGCAGCUAGAGUGAACAUUACUGAUUUUUGUUGGUUUUGGAUUGCUUUUGGCAGUCCUCAUAACUGUACACUGUUGUGUGCUGGGCUUUGAAUCAAAUGAAGUUCUUUGUUCCUACUACACAAAUGCAGACAGUGCCUUUUUCAAUGGGCAUUUGUCAUUGCUAAAUUAAAUAUGUAUAUGUGGUACUUUUCCAGGAUUUAGAAAAACACUCUCCCAUAUUGAUCCAUAAAGUGUUGCAGGGCUUCACUGUUUUGUAAGGAUACAAACAAGUCACAGUUGAUAAGUCCUGUAGCUUGCAAAACUGUGAAGGGUUUGUUUUAGAAAAUAAAUUUGCUUCAUCCCACUGCUGAGUGUGUGUGUGUGUGUCUGCAUAAAGCAUGUUUUGUAGUCAGAUUAAACCUUAUUAACACUUUGCAACAUUUUCUUUUUUGUGUAUGUGUGUGCGCGCAUUAGAAAAACUUGUAUUUUUAUUUUGUUUUUUGUCAUUAAUCCAUAAAACCAUUAACCUGCCUUUUUCUUUCAUUUUCAGUUCGGGUUUCCUGUAGAACCUUUCCCUUGGCCCCAGAGGCGAAUGCCCCACCCUCGGCUGUGCCUGUUCGCUCACCUUUCCCACUGCUCCCCUCCCGUGCUUACCACGGGCUCAGACCAGAGCUCUUGGCUGCUGGGGCGGUUCCUGUGAGGGACCCUGCUGGCCAGGGGGGUUGUACCAGGUUCCUCCUGCCCCCUGGGCAGCAGCAGGAUGCUCACUGCUCCUGGGUGAGGGUCCCCUGUCCCAUUGCUCAGCUUUUCCCACUCCAUGCUGUCAGAGCUGCUCGGAGGGUGCAUUUAGCUCCUGCUGUGGGGUGGGAUGUGCUCUCUCCAGAGACUGGCUGCCCUCUCCCCAUGUUAAUUUGCUGUUCUAAGCCCUCAUUACCCCCUGUGCUGCCAUGUGUGACUUAUACUUUCAAGGACUUUUUGCAAAACUUGACAUCCUCACAGGCGUGGGCCUGAGUCCAAAUCUCUAGUUCCCAGGCUUGAGGAAAUCUCCAAUUUGGAUCCAUGGUUUGCAACUAAGUGUUCUCUGAAUGCUGCAGGGGUCAUGAAGGAUCUUUUGCCUGGUCUCCCUCUCAGUGUGCUGACCUGGAUGCACAUCCUGGAUCCAAUCUCAGGGAAAGCUGGUCACCUUGCUGUACAUAUCAGUGUUUCUGAAGAAAGACUAUGCUGUUUCAUUGACUUUCUUCUCAGUGAUUCCAACAAUUUCUGGUUUUAAUGCAAAAAAAUACCUUUUUUUUUUUUUUUUAUCUGACAUCUCUUUAGAACUGCACAGAUGUUGACAGGUUUCUUCUCAUAUUUUCUAUUCAGCAAAAGCCUUGUUUUUAUUGCAAGAUUUGCACUAAAAAGGAGGGAGUUUUGCUCACUGGGCCAGGAGCUCACUCUGGCCAAGUGCAACUGUGGUUUGCCUGCAAGUGUCUUCUCUUUGUAUUUCUGGCUGAGUUUUGUUUUUAAAUAAAGAGCUCAUCGGACAGUGAAUUCUGGUUAACAUUUA